CUCUUCAUCCAUGGCAAAAUGAAGUGUUGUUGUUGCUGAAGGAAAAGCCGGGCCGGGGAAUUGUUGUUGCCGCGGUAACCAACGAAUACAUGUGUUCCAUUUUCCACUAAAAAAUAUGUGAAAAGCGUUUGCAUGCCGAUUGUACCAUGAAUCGAUACAUUACACUGACCCAACUGGGUGAUGGAACCUAUGGCACUGUUGUGCUGGGACAGCGUAAGGACACGGGCGAAAAGGUGGCCAUCAAGCGUAUGAAACGCAAAUAUUAUUCCUGGGAGGAGGCAAUGAACCUGCGUGAAGUGAAGUCGCUGAAGAAAUUGUCGCAUCCGAAUAUUGUAAAACUCAAGGAGGUGAUCAGAGAGAACGACACGCUGUAUUUUGUGUUUGAAUAUAUGAAGGAGAAUCUGUAUCAAAUGAUCAAGGAUCGCGACACUCAUUUGCCAGAACCGGAGCUCAAGAGCAUACUUUUUCAGGUAUUGACGGGCUUGGCUUUUAUGCAUCGCCACGGCUUCUUUCAUCGCGAUCUCAAGCCGGAGAAUCUGCUGUGCUCCGGCCCGGAGUUAAUCAAGAUUGCCGACUUUGGCUUGGCAAGAGAAAUACGUUCGCGUCCGCCAUUUACGGACUAUGUUUCCACGCGGUGGUAUCGUGCACCGGAGGUGCUGUUGCAUUCCACCAACUACGGCAGCACCAUCGAUCUCUGGGCCAUGGGCUGCAUCAUGGCCGAGUUGUACACGUUUCGACCGCUCUUUCCCGGCAGCAGCGAGGUGGAUCAACUGUUUAAGAUCUGCUCUGUGUUGGGCACGCCAGGCAAAAGUGAUUGGCCGGAUGGUUAUCGACUGGCUGCUAUGAUACAUUUUCGUUAUCCUGAUUGCAUCAAAGUGCCGCUGAGCAGCGUCGUCAGCCGCUGUAGCCAAACCGGAUUGGAUUUGCUUGAGGAUCUGCUGGCCUAUGAUCCAGAGAAGCGACCCACAGCGCAGCAGAGUCUCAAGUAUCCGUAUUUCCAUGCGCUGAAACGCAUCUCGCCCACGGCGGCCACCAAGGCGAAUGUGAAGCUCAGCUCCAAGUAUGGCGGCAGCUCAAAUGGAGUUGUCCUACCUCCGACUGUGUCAAAUAAUGUGCUUCCGGUGCAGGAGAAACUCCACGCCGUGACUGAGCUCAUACACCAGAGCAACAACAACAACAAUAAUAAUAACAACAAUAACAAUGUGAAUAACAACAACAAAAAUCAGGGCAAGGCGCUGUUCAAUGGCCAAGUCAACAAGAAUGUGAGCAUGCCAAUGAAGUAUCAGCCGAAGCUGAGCUUCCUUGCCAGCAACGAGUUGAGUGGCAUGCCACCCACCACAGACUCCAGCGUGGGCAAGGAGUCCAUCAACGAUAUUUAUCUCAAUCGCAACAUUUCGCAGCUGUUUGGUUUGCCAGCUGCUGCUCCAGCGCCCGCAGCAGCUGCCGCUUCUCUAGCUCAGCAACAGUCACAACAACAACCAGGACUGCAUCCCAAUGUGUCCUUUAGCAACACCUCGACACGCAAUGGCGGCGCCAUUUAUGUGAAUGGCAGCCAGCUGAGCUAUGAGACGGCCAACAAGAAUGCCAAGAACAACGGACGCCUGGCGUUGCCUCUGGGUGGUUACUAUGUGCAGACGCGUCCCAGCCAACUACCGCCCGAUGCCAAGGUGUACAACAUGUUCUCCAAGGCGCCGCCCAGCAUUAUUGUGCGUCAGCAGCAGCCACAUCAGCAAUUGCAACCUCCUUUCGACUCCACUUCGCUGCUGAAUGGAGCUGCCUUAAGGCUAUCGGCACGAUCGCAGGCGGCACCAGCGGAAACGCGUAAAGUGGAUGAUCUGGAUUUGAUUCUUGGUUCGAAGCUGAAAACGUCGGCGAAGCGUCAGCGAAAUGCCAAAUCAAACAUAUUGCUGGAGGAUCUGUUCGGACAUCUGUCCAUGGACUCGGAUGGCAGCGAGGGUAGCAAGUAUCCACAUACAGUGCCGCCCACGCAGCAGGCGAAGAGUGGACAGACCACAACCUCUUCGCAUAAUGGAGGACGCGACUUUUUCAACGAGCAGCACUUCAAGCGAGCAGUGGCCAAGAAACGCAGUCCCAGCAGCCUCGAGGUCAACAAUGGCAGCCGAACCGAUUCGCUUUCCACAGUUCAAAAGCUGCAAAAGGAGAAGGCGGCCACCGCGUUUCCCUGGGACGAGACGAACAAAACGGAGGACGAGAAGCUGACGGCGUGGAUGGUCGCCGAGAAUGGUAACUUGCAUUUGGGUAAUCAAGAAGUGUAAGCGUAGAAGUCGGCCGCACUCCCUCUUAGAGCGUACAGUAGAGUAUUCGUAUUCGUAUACGUAAUAACAGCACCCAGCAUCAUAACAAAGUUCAACCACAAUUCGAUUGAUUGACCAUUGAUUGGGUGCACUUUUGCAUUCGGAAUUCGGAAUUCUCAAGGAUUAUUAACACAUGACACACUAAUCGGAUUUAUGAACAAGAAAUAGAACAAAAACAACAACAUUUCAUGCUAAUCUCUCAUCUGAUCUGAUAUAUCUUUCAAUUAUAUGUACAUCGUCAGGAUCGUUAUUGGAAAACAAGUUUUGAAAACGGGAUGCAAAUAGAGAAGUACUUACUUGUAUCGUUAAUGUCGUCGUACCUGAAAACUUCGAAAACCUUUUGCGCGUUACGUAUACGCCACGUUGCGCGCACUCCCCGCAAUUUCUAUGUUUUCUGCGAACUGAAUGUAUCAUAUAGAGUCAUCAUCUUGUAAAUGUAAAAAAAAGUAUGUAAGGCCUAAGCUCAAUUAGAUGUGUUUAUGAAAUCCAUUAAUUUUAAUGCUGUGAUACAAAUAAGCUAAAGAUUUAAAGGAAAUUUGUAAAAGAAAAAACCCCAAAAACAAGAGAAUAAUUGUAUAAUGUUAAUGGUUAUGAUAAGUCCCAAAUAAAAUUGUGUAUGAUUGCGAAUAUAAGACAGUUUUAUUACU